CAGUGUAAGAUAUUUGCUGAAACUGAAACUCUGUUCAACUAAUGAUGACCGAGCGCUUCGUAAACAGGCAAAAAUCCGAGUAGUUUCUUAAUAUUUCACAUGAGCAACAUAUUUUAUUUUAAAAUUUAUUUCGUUUUACACUAAACCUUCUUCUUCUGCAGAUUCAGUGUAAGUUACUUUAACACACGCUGCCUGAUCGUGUCUACUUUCCGUUGGAUUUACAUGGAGCUGCUAAUGCUAACACACAGCGCUCCUAGUCAACACGUCUGACGUCUUUUAUUAACCCAACGUUUUUAGCUUAAAGCACUUGGGUUGUGCCAGUUCUAGUAUCUCAGCACACCCAAGUAUUUACAGAAAUUAUCAGCUGCUUUAAAAGCUGCAUCUCUCUGUAUGUUCAUUGUUAAGUUUAGUGGUGCAGUUGCUGGAACAUUCUUAUAGUUUAUUUGAUAAAUAUAUUAAAGUCUAAUGUUUAACGUCAUGCGUUUUAUAUCUUUACAGUAAGUGCUCUUAGUUUAUCGCUUUAUUGUCAGUCUCUUGGUUGCUAAGUGAAUUUUGUAAAACCUUUGACAAGUUGCAUAUGGUUCCAGUUAAAAUUAAGUAAUAUACCUCACUGAGACCAAACUUGGUUGUGCCAAUGUUUUGAGACCUCUAUGGUUGCAGGAAUGAGCUCUUCUCACUGUCAAAGGAAUCCUCACAGGACCCUUCGCACCAUUUUGGAAGUUCCUUCAGAACUUAAACCUGUUUCAGGUGACAAAGCUUCCAUCUUGCAUAGUAAAGGAACCACUGUGUCUCAAGAGCUGAAUUCUGCAGAAUCACAUAGACCGAGAACAACCAAGGAGGAGAAACAAAAUGCUCUUCCUGACUUGUCAGCUUGUUUACAGAAAUCAAGACAUCAACUAAUUGGACCGGUGUUUUUAAAGUUACAUGAACUUGAGCUGAUGGUACCUCAAAAAAGGACCACCCCCAAAUGUCGAUCAGAGACAUCAAAUAUAUCUCGUAAGGGAAGAAAAAAGAAAGUCUUUCAACCCAGUGAGAAAGUAGUAGCUGGUAGGAAAGCUUGUUCAGACAGACUGGACCAUUCUCAACAUAAUUCUUGCCCAGAACAACACUUGCGCUCUCAAAAAACUAAAGGGACACGUUAUCGACACUAUAUAAAAAUUCAAAACAGUCAGACCCCCUCUGAUGUUUCUACAGCGCUUCACACAUGUACUACAGCUCCUCUUCUCGACAAGGAGAUCUCCUUCUGCCACACUAACAGUGAUUGUAAGUUUAUACCACGCCCCCCGAAACGGGGCAGGCCCCGGACCAGCCCUCUCUUCAGCUCCACACCGACCUCAGACUUCCAACCUCUAUCUCCAAAAAGAGCUAAGAAUAGUUUCACACAACAUCGUCAUCAGAAUGCCAAUGAGUCCAGUGGAGUAAAGACGCCUCCUACAGACGUUACACCGUCUAGACCUCAGAGGCUUGUGGUAACAGGGAGGCCAAGAGAUCGCAAGAAAAAGAACAUGGAGGAACAGCUCAUUGUCUCUCCAUCAGUGAAACAAAGCAGGAAGAGUGCAAAAUCUGAUCUAGAAUCUCCUCAGGAAGAGCCAGCUGUGGAGCCCCCUUCUCCAAAUGAAGCUCACAUUACAAACCAGAUGCCAGAGCCACAGGAAUCAGCGCUUCACACAUGUACUACAGCUCCUCUUCUCGACAAGGAGAUCUCCUUCUGCCACACUAACGGUGAUUGUAGGUUUAUACCACGCACCCCGAAACGGGGCAGGCCCCGGACAAGGCCUCUCUUCAGCUCCACACCGACCUCAGACUUCCAACCUCUAUCUCCAAAAAGAGCUAAGAAUAGUUUCACACAACAUCGUCACCAGAAUGCCAAUGAGUCCAGUGGAGUAAAGACGCCUCCUACAGACGUUACACCGUCUAGACCUCAGAGGCUUGUGGUAACAGGGAGGCCAAGAGAUCGCAAGAAAAAGAACAUGGAGGAACAGCUCAUUGUCUCUCCAUCAGUGAAACAAAGCAGGAAGAGUGCAAAAUCUGAUCUAGAAUCUCCUCAGGAAGAGCCAGCUGUGGAGCCCCCUUCUCCAAAUGAAGCUCACAUUACAAACCAGAUGCCAGAGCCACAGGAAUCAGAUCAAAACAUGUCCUCUGACCUCUGCAUUGAGCUCAGUCUACAAGAGAAGCCUCAUUCUCUUAACCACUCUCUCCUCGUGGAGGAAGAUGACCUAGAUGAUGAUGAUGAGGAGCUGCCCAGCUUUUUGCAACAGGACAAUAAAAAGCCUUUGUCAAUCUCAGAGGGACUUUGCGUGUGGUGCAAACUGAGGAAAUAUCCCUACUGGCCUGCAGUGGUUAAAAGUGUGAAUCGCAAGAACAAAAAAGCCAGCAUUGUAUUUAUUGAUUGUUACCUAAUCGACCAGAAGAGAAUUAGGAAAGGGUUUUCUGUUUCCCUGCGAAAAUUAAAGCCUUUUGAUUGUGAAGAACGUGAAUCUUUGGUGGACAUUGCAAAAGAGAAGUAUGGCAAUGCUAUCACCUGGUCUCUGGAACUGAUUUCAGACUAUAGGAUCUGCAUUGGAUGUCGAUCCUUCUCUGGCUCCUUCAUCGAAUACUGCAGUGCUGAUAUCAGUUGUCCAGUGCGGAGGAGGUACUCCGAAGGGAAAUCUGUGCUCACCUUCCCCACUCAGGAGAUUCUGGGCGAGCAGUGUGACAGCUCUGAUAAUAACAUGGAGGGCAUCAUCAUGGAAGAGCAAGAUGAGCUUUUCUCCAAGAAAGUGCUGCCCGACCGAUCCAAGGCUGCACGCAACCAUGCCAACAAGCAGUUGGUUCACUUCAUUAUCAGCCAAAAAGUUGAAAACCGCUUAUUGGCAGUCAUUAGCGGUCGUGAGUCCUCUAAAUGGAUGCAAGCCCUCCAGAAGCCUUCUCGCCCAGUGGUUAAUAUCUACCUGGAAGAUGAGGAGCAGGUUGAAAAGGUUUACCGCUACCUGAGCACAGUCUGUGAUAGUGCCCCUCAAAUAAUCACCUGUCUAGAAAACAUCCAGGCUGAACGGAUCAGCCUUAUUCUGGAUGUGCUUCUGCCCGAGGCCAUAAUCUAUGCCAUUGCUGGAGUCCAUAAGCUUUCCCUGGAGAAGGCAGAGGAGAAGUAUCGCAGAGGGCCGUGCUUUAGUAACAGAGAAAGACAGGAGUUUGACAUGAUGAUUGAACAGCAGAUGAAGCUCAAGGAAAUUACCCGGCAUCAUGUGCAGUGACGGCCCCUCUAUUUUAAAAAAAAAUUAUAUUUUUAUGAAAAUGAAUGUUUUCUUCAAUAUAUUGUCUUCCUAAUCAUAGUAUAUAAGAAAAUUAAUUGAAUGAUGGUUGAACUGAAUGAUUGUUCAUGGCUAAAAAUAUUUUGCUGUUGAUUGUUAAUUAAUCAGAUAUUAAAUGUUUUUAUAUCAAAUCUCUGAGACUUUGUGAGCUGAAUGGUAAAUCUAUGAUGCUGAAGUCAGCAAAAUAUGAUGCUUUUAAUGUGUGCUGUGUAUUAUAAGUAAAUGCCUUGUGCCCAUACAUGAAUACAUAGUUUAAAAAAUUAUGUGAUAUUCCUCAUAUUAACUAAAACAUAUGUGUUUAUUUGUUUUGAAAAUGGUGUGCUAAAGUGUGUCUUUGGGUGUUUGGAACUGUAACUGAACCCUGUCGAUCUGCAUUCACCAGAGGUGGGAACAAGUCACAAGCAAGUCUCGAGUCGAGACAGGCAAGUUCAUGUCCAGUUUCAAGUCCUCCACUUUAAGAUUCAAGCCUUAAACAAGUCAUUAGUGCUUUUUGACCAAAUGAGUGUCUCUGUAUUAUUUACCAUAUCAAAUUUAUAUCAGGAAUGCAGGUAGAAUAUGUUUGACAUAGCAGUUCAAUUUAAGCAUUAAAAUUUUUACGUUUUUUAAGGUAUUGUGCCAAAAUAGGACAAGCAGUGAAAAUAAAUAUAAAAUAUAUUUUAAUAAAUAUAUUUUAUAUGAUGAGUUGUAUUUGUAGGGGUUAUUAUAACUAUUUUUUUUAACACCAAACCCAUGUUCUGUGCAUAGAAGCUUUUUCUCCACCAAUGUACAAGACGCUGUUGCAUUUUACGGCAACUGAAUUCUGGUCUAAUGUACAUAAAAGUUGUAU